UGUGUGUGUGUGUGUGUGUUUUGAUGCAGCAGCGUCUCCUCUGCAGCAGAUUUCUUCUUCAUUUCGGACGGAGAGACUGAAGCUGAAGUCAGGAUUCUGCACCAGUGAUCGUCAUCAUGGAGGUUCCCAGGAGGCCUCAGCCCUCCUCCUUCACUCUUCCUCUCCCUAAACCAUCCUCCUCUUCCUCUCCAACGAUGAAGGAGAAGGACAGAGACGAGACCUUCAGCUCGGAGGAGGAUGCCAACGUUUUUGUGGACGAAACAAACACUUCCACACAUGUAAGACUUUCCUCUCAGGACAGUUUCUCAGACGAGGGGAAGAAGAAGAACACAGAAGAGGAGGAAGAGGAGGAGAAGAAGAAGAAGACGUUGGAGGAGGAAGCAGCAGAUAAAGAGAGGGCGGCUCAGAGGCAGAUAUUGGCCGUCGAGGAGCUCGUCCAAUCAGAGAGGAACUACCUCCGUCUGCUGAAGGUCAGCACGGUGACCAUCAGGAGCAACCUCAACAAACUACAGCCUCCUCCAGCCGGUCUGGACAACAUGUUCCUGUUCAUCGAGGAGGUGAUGGACGUCUCCAGCCGUCUGCUCAGCCUGAUGGACCAGAAACAGCCUGAAGACCCUCUGUACCUGCAGAGCCUCUGUGAGUCGUUCCUCAGCCUGUCUGCAGACAUCGAGGCGUCUUAUAAAGAAUACCUGUCCAACUACUCUAACGUCACGGUGCUGGAGAACAGCUACAAGCAGAAAGAGAUGCUGUGGGACGACAUCGUGAGAGUCAUCAAGGCCUCGGCGCCGGAGGUGAACGCCACGUCUCUGACUUUCUUCCUGGUGAUGCCGGUCCAGAGGAUCGCCCGAUACCCUCUGCUCCUGCAGACCAUCCAGAAGCACACGGACAGACAGCACCCUGCGUACGCCCUGCUGGAGCACACCGCGCACACCUCCAUCGCUCUCAACUGCCGCAUCAACGAGUACAAGCGCUUCAGGGAAGUCGCCGACAAAUACAAGAAGACCGAGACUCUGAGCAUGAAGGACAAGAUGAACCGACUGAACACGCACAGCAUCGCCAAGAAGACCGCCCGGCUGAGCCAGCAGAUCAAACACGAGACGGGGAUCAAACCCAAGCUGGUGGACGAGGAGUUUGACGCUCUGGAAGGUUCCUUCUACGUUCUGGAGCACGGCAUCCUGCAGCUGCUGGAGAACGUGGAGACCUACCUGCUGCACCUGAAGGGCUUCCUGUCCUGCAGGACGGAGGACUUUGAUCUGGAUCUGGACGGAGAGAAAGCUCCGAUCUGCUACAAGGAGAUCUCCACGGCUCUCAGGCAGUGGAUCCUCCCCACCUUCGAGAAGAGGAUGAGGAAGAUGAUCCUCGCGCCCCUCCUCUCUCUGAAGGACCUCCUGCUGGGCCCCAGGAACCUGAUCAGGAAACGUCUCGACAAACUGCUGGACUACGAGAUGAUCGAGACCAAAACCACGCUGAGCUACGAGGAGCAGGGGGUCGUCAACACAUACAGGACGAUGAACACCCUGCUGCUCUCUGAACUGCCUCAGCUCAACAGCCUGGCUCUGCAGCUGAUCUGGAGUCUGCUGGGGUCGUUCAGCUGCGUUCAGAAAGACCUGGCCUCUGACAUGGAGACGCUGUUCCUCAGCUUCGCUCAGCAGCUCCCUAAAAGCUCCCUCAGCCCCAGUGCAUUCUGGGAGUGGGCGGAGGCUGCGGUGCUGGAUGAAGCUCGGAAACUGGAGACUUUGUGCCGGAGCGUCGAGGAGACCCUGAACGCACCGUCCAGCCAGCCGCUGAGCCCCUCCUCUCAGCAGCGCCUCCAGCAGCUGACGGAGAGGCACGGCUCGGAGAAGAUCUUCCAGGUGUCGGUGUGUGUGGUGGGCGGCAGAGACCUGGACCUGAGCCUGGCCCGAGGAGAGCUGGUGGGAGUCAUCAGCUGGGCCGACACCAGGGGGGACAAACGCAGGUGGCUGGUGGACGCUGGAGGUAGACGAGGGUACGCUCCUUCCUCGAAGCUGAUUCGCUACCACCAGGCGUCAGAGGCCCCGCCCCCUUCUCCACACCUGACCCUACCUGACGGGGGGGCAAUCAGACGACACUCCUACACCCCCGAGAGCCAAAGGCUGACCGUGCACAGCUUCCAGGUUUUGGCGGCGUACAACUUCACGGCCAGAGGAAACCACGAGGUGUCGAUGCGAGCCGGAGAGGCGGUUCGAGUCCUGGAGGCCAAGGACAAGCGGGGGAAUCCUGAGUGGAGCCUGGUGGAGGCGGGAGGGGGAAAGAGAGGCUACGUCCCCUCCAACUAUCUCACCAUGAUGCCUAUAGGAGGGUCCGCUGGAUCACACCCUCCGUUCUGAGGAGAGGAAACACUGGAUUCUGUUUAAAGCCUUUCAUUUUUAAAAAGGCAGCCAUCAAACGCUCUGUUCCUGUCCUCUGUGGAACAGGGAUGUACGCUAACAGCUGGGAAAACAUUGACGUAUGACAGAAGUGUGAGCUAACGUUCGCUUAGCAUUAAACGCUUGCUUCCACUGCAGAAGCCCCGCCUCUCAAUUCCUCCGAUUGGACGAUGGGAAACAACGGCAAAGAUAUGGGGAGAUUUUUGUCUUUCCGUCUGAUCAGACUCUUACAGCAGUAUUUCUGUUAUUAACCUGCUUCUCAAACAUCAGCAAAUCAGGGUUUUUAAAGCGACUUUGAGACAUUGAAUACAACAGUUUGACGCUCACAGUGUUCGAGCAAAAAGCCAAAUCCUGCUGAAGUUCGUAGACUUUUGCUACGCCUACUUUACGUGCAAAUAUACAUCAUUACAAAGAAAUUAAAUGUCAUUUCAGUUUCAAAACCCCUCAUUACCCUGUACCCUUAGACUCUAUUGGACUAAGGGCUUUUUUGGCUGUCAUUAAGGCCAUUUUUGCAUUAAGUCCAAACAUAUAUAGUUUGCUCCCUGAAGUUGAGAAAUCAAACAAAUGUGAGCUUUAAAAACACAGACGUCGGACUGUAACGUCACCCAAGCCUAAAACACAACGCGCUCAAGAAGACGUUAAGGUGUUCUGCUGCUGCAGAUAGUGAAGGAUUUAUGUAUAAACAGUGUUUUAAUAUCUAACUGCUACGCUGAGGAAAUGAAGGAAGCUACUGAUCCACAGAGAGGUGCAGGAAUGAGUCCUCAAACCUGGAAAUGAGUCAGCAUUUUACCACUUUUGUGUUUUUGCUCAUCAGCACUUUGUCAGAACAGAUGAUCUCUGAAGGACAAUCGUUUUAUAUUACAAAUCAUCAUCAGAGACAAUCGGGGGAACAGUUUGUGAAGGGUCGUGUGUGUGUGUGUGUGUGUGUGUGUGUGUGUGUGUGUGUGUGUGUGUGUGUGUGUGUGUGUUGU